GUCUCAGUUCCUCAGCCUGCUCUAAGCCCGGUUCUCCCUCAGCAAAGAUGAUGUCCAGCUGGAUUCUUCUGGUGGCUCUUGCCUGUGGUUUGGUGGGUGCUCAGGACCCCACACUGCAGGAGCUAAGCACCAAAGUGCAACAGCUAACAACCAAAGUGGAGGAGCUCCAGAGGGAUGUAUCAGUGAGACAGGUGGCCUUCUCUGCUGCACUUCUUGAGACUCAGGAAUGGACCGAUGUGGGGCCGUUUGAUGCCGACAAAACCCUUGAAUUCAAGAAGGUCGUGACCAACGUUGGAAAUGGAUACAACCCAGAGACAGGCAUCUUCACGGCUCCAGUCAAAGGGCUCUACUACUUCAGGGUCACUGGGAUGGCUGGGAGCAGUGGUGAAUUAAACGCAGGACUCAAAAAGAAUGGACAGAACAUGUUUGCAAUCUACCAAAAAGCAGGAACACAGGCCGGCACCUCAAAUGGGAUGGCUCUGGAACUGGAGCAGGGCGACCGGGUCUACGUCCAGCUUUGGCCAAACUUGACCGUGGCUGACCAGAGUCGGCUCAGCACUUUCACCGGAUUCCUGGUUUUCCCCAUGUAGACAGAACAGAGAUGUCAGGAACAAGAAGGACAGGAAGUGAUCUUGGUCCUGGACCAUUCAACAGAACUGCAUGAGUGCUUGGCUUCCACAAGACCAAGAAGCUGAAACUUUUAUUUUAAAACAUGUCAAGUUAGAACCGUUCAGAACCAGUCAAUCACUUUUCUGUGGUCAGAUAACUUACAAGUCUGUCAAAAAAUAAAAAAUAAAUAAAAAUAUCCAACUUCCA